AUGUUUCAGUUGCCAUCGCUGAACUCCUUUAAACUCUUCCCUUGGGGAGAGAAGCAUGUUAUCGAUGUGCCACCCGUCAAGGCGCAUGAUAUUGAGAACGCCCAGGAGAAGAACGCAAGGGCGCUGAAGCACCUGCUCAAGCUCAACCAUGCGAACCACGCGAUUCUGUAUAAUGACCGAAAAUUCCAUAACCAUACUCCUCAUCUCCUCGGUGCUGCCUUCCUCCAGGGCGCGGAUGCGGAUGAUUUAGCUCGGAUUCAUGAAUCCGAGUCCAAGUUGCUGGAUGCAUGGGAUGAUUCCCCUGCAGAAGUUACCGAUGAGGAUUGGCGAGAUCAUUUGGGGUGCCGAGAAUAUCAGAAAGCCUUUGUGGACUUUUUCGAAGACGAAAUGGUCCGGCUCGGUUAUGAUUGGAAACAAGUCGUAGCCGAGUAUCUGUUUUCGGGCAAGGAGCCUAUGUUUAAUUCCAUUAUGGCUGACCUCGGCCAUCCAUUAAUCCACAUGGCCUAUGCAUAUGAGAUAUCCAGCCGCGAGGUUGCAAUGGAGGCUCUUGCUCUGACAGCGACCUGCUACAACCAGCUACACAUCUACCUAGAAGACCCAGUACUUUCGCAAGCUGAGGCAUCCUACCACUCGACGUCAAUGUUCGAGAUUCUCGAUAGAGUUCGGACCGACAAGAAGCUAGAUGGACUCUUCGCCAAUCCAGGCGACCACAACGUGGAGAAGCUCUUUGCUAGCCACGAGGCUGUUCUGCUGAAUCACUGGAAUGCAUGGAAAAUUCACAAUCCAGUCGAGCAGUUCCGGGAGAGCCAGACUCUCGCCACAGCAUUAUUUGUUGCGACGCAUGCAGAUUCAUCGGAAAAGUACGAUUUCUUCCUCGUCCAUGUAUUGACGACUAGCCAUGCUGUGCGGGUCCUCUUGCCGUGGAUUCCCGCAAAGUUCCAGAUUCCUCUCGUUCGUCAAUGGUGGCUUAUCACUUUGGCUACGUUCAUUGCACAGUUGCGUCCGGAGAUAUCUUUGGAUAGAAUUCGUGACUACGAUCUCAAGGGAAGGAACUGGGACUGGACCGCGACGCUAGCUGUCAAGGGCGAACACUCAACCGAUUCACACUAUGUCAAGGCACUUCGGGCACUACGGGAAACUGCAUCUACGUGGGGUGACCAUGAUCGCUUUUACCUCAAGGCGGCCGUGAAGUUUGCUGACGAGUUUGAUGGGUGGGGUGGCUUUGUCUGA